AUGCAGAAGCUUAUCCUCGCUUUCGCCGUUGUCUCGGCGACCUCUGCCUUCCUUCACCCAGGACUUGGAGGAGGUGGUGGCGGAUGCGGAUGCGCUCCACCACCGCCACCACCACCACCAUGCGGAUGCGGCGGUGGCGCUCCAGCGCUUCCACCACUUCCAGCUCUUCCACCACUUCAACUCCCAGCUCUUCCAUCGCUUGGAGGAGGAGGUGGCUGCUGCCCACCACCAGCGCCAGCAUGCGGAGGUGGAUGCGGAGCCGCUGCUCCAGCUCCAGCUGCCGGAGGAUACGCCACUGCCCCAGCCGCCGGAGGAUACGCCGCCCCACCACCACCACCACCAGCACCAGCCGGUUACGCCACCGGCGGACGCAAGUAA